AAACUUUUAUAGUUUUGUCUGUUUUAACGAACUAAAUAUUAAUUAGAUUGCUCUUCAAAGACAAUGUCGAAGACUGAUGAUAAGGAAUUUGAAUCGAAAAGUACUAAAUUAGAAGUGUGUAUAGACUCUUUGGAAUCAGCAAUAAAUGCUCUAAAUGGUGGUGCAGAUGAGUUGGAAUUAUGUAGUUCACUCGCAGAAGGCGGUUUGACUCCUUCUCCAGGACUUGUUAAGGAAAUAACAAAAUUAAUUAAAAAUGAAACUAAAUGGGAUAACCUGCAAAAUAAUAAGAAACGUAAAGUAAACGUUAUGAUAAGAUGCAGAGGAGGAUCAGAUUUUUGCUAUAAUGAAAGCGAAAUGAAAACAAUGCUCUCCGACAUAGAGUUUUACAAAGAACUUGGCGUCGAUAGGUUUGUUUUUGGAGCACUAACAGAUGACCAGGAAAUUGACAUUGUAAACUGUACUAAAGUUAUAGAAAAAGCACGCCCCAUACCAGUUACUUUCCACAGAGCAUUUGACUUGUGUAAGGAUCCUAGGACUGCCGUUGCAGAUAUUAUUUUUCUAGGAUUUAAUAGAGUUUUGACUAGUGGACAAAAAACCUCUGCCGCCGACGAGAUGGCUCUUCAGCUUCUGAAGUUCUUAUUAGCGAAUUAUGGUGAUAAAAUAGAAAUAAUGCCUGGUGCUGGUGUAAAUUGUGAUAACGCCAAUGUUUUUGUAGAGUCGGGUUUUUAUAUUAUUCAUAGUUCUUGUAGGAAAAUAAAGUUGUUGGUUGAUGUUAAUAGUGAUUUGAAGAUGGGUACUAAUGAAAUCUACGUGACGGAUGAAAGUAUUGUAAAAAUGUUGAAAGAAAUUAUAAAAAGUCAUUCAUAGUUAUGUGUUUUAAUACAGUUAAAAGAAUAAUAACAAUAGUACCAUUUAUAGAGAUACAUGAGUAGGCAACUCAUCUCAAUGAUUUUCAGUUGUUUGGGAACCAUUUUAAAUAAACUAGGUUGGUAGCGUCGGCAGUCUUAAAUAGUUCAAACUCGUUUUACAAAAUUUUCAUAAGUAGAGACAUAAAUAAAAGACUAAAAGCAUAUUUAUUGUGAAUUUUAUGCUCAAAUAAAAAGCUGGUGAUGUAGAAAAUCUCAGAAAGAUCGUUCCUAUGUCGUUUUUUUAGAGUCAAUAAAUAUUGCGUGGUGUUUCCCUGUUGAAAAAAAUCGCAUACAACCCCAUAAAACAUUGACAAAUGCAGACCAAUUUUUUAUACCGAGUUAUGAGAUCUGUGAGAAUUUGGCAGUUAGGCGCUACGUUUGUAUAUUCUUAUAUAACGAGGUGAAACUAAUUUUAUUAUUCAUCA